CCCGCACCCGGCGGCAACAUGUGGCUCCUGGAGCGGCUGCGUGGCGUGGCAGAGAAUGGCGGGUCCCGGGGCACGGGGCCGGAGGAGUCCCCGCGGGGGUCUCGCUACAGCAACGUCCUCACCCCUGACAAGAUCCCCGACUUCUUCAUCCCUCCCAAGCUGAGCGCAGCCCCUGCUGAGGCCGAGGGCCCUGAGCCCCCCACAGCGCCCGCCCUGGGCCCCUCGGCCUCAGAGCAGGACCUGGCUGGGCGCAAGCCCCCGCGCAGCCCCCGGCCAUCCAGCCGUCCCCGGCCACGGGCCACCGGCCGGCACAUCAUCCAGAUCGAGAGCGCCGAGGACUGGACGGCUGAGGGGGGCUUCGGCACCAACGUGGACCCGCAGGCACAGACAGCCAUGUCGCUGCCCUACGUGCCCAAGGCGCAGACCUCCUACGGCUUCGCCACGCUGGUGGAGAGCCCCCACACGCGGCGCAAAGAGUCACUCUUCCACAGCGAGCACAGCAGCCUCUGCCCCUCUCCAGCCACCUCGCCCAGUGCCCAGCGCAGAGCCAAGCUCAAUGGUGAGAGCGGGCCCCGGGCGCCCGCCGACCUGGGCGCAGCCCUCAUGCACCCCAGCCGCUACUUCAGUGGCGGCGAGAGCGACACAUGCUCCUCGGCCGAGUCCUCGCCUUUCGGCUCCCCCCUGCUUUCCCGCUCUGUCUCCCUGCUGAAGAUCUUCAGCCAGGAGAGCCAGUCCAAGGUCAUCAAGCUGAAGCACUCGGUAGCACGCAACAGCUCGCUGUCUACCGAUGACAGCUCAGCUGACACCAGCCCCAGUGCCCAGCGCCGUGCCCGGAGCGCCCCGGCUGGGGGGCAGCCGCCUGCCACCCUGCUGCCUCUGGACCUGCCAGCGGGCCGCAACCGGGAGCACAGCCUGCGGCUCAGCCGGGGCGGGAGCCUGCGCCUGGCCGCCGAGUACGACCCCUCCAAUGCCCGGCUGCGCGUGCGGCUUGUCUCUGCUGAGGAUCUCUACGACACCCUCGUCGACCUGCGCAGCAUCAACUGCUGCGUCUCUCUGUGCCUCAACCCCGGGAAGCUGCAGAAGCAGCGCAGCACCAUUGUCAAGAACAGCCGCAACCCUGUCUUCAACGAGGACUUCUUCUUUGACGGGCUGGGCCCCGGCCACGCCAGGAAGAUGUCCCUGAAGCUCAAGGUGGUCAACAAGGGCAGUAGUCUUAAGCGGGACACGCUGCUGGGGGAGAAGGAGCUGCCACUCACCGCCCUCCUGUCCUGCCUGUAGGUGCUUGCUGCCAGCCCCGAGGGAGCUGCCUGCCCGUGGGGCUGGGGGGGAUGGCCCUGUCCCCUGGCCUUGCUGGAGGAGGGUUUGGAAGGUGUCCUCGGAGGAGGGAUGGGGCUGCGGCGGAGCGUGGGCAUCCCCAGGGGCAGUGCUGCUGUGGGGGUCUGCCAGCGCCAGCCCUCCUGCAGCGGGGCAGGCAGGGCCGGCAGCUGCAGCCUCUCCCCUCUGCUCCCUCCCUGUUUCCUCCUGGGGCUGCAUCUCCUGGAGCCCAGCAGGAAGUGAGGAGCCACUGGUCCCAUCUGCACUGGGAAGGAUGGAUGUCACCUGCUGGGCUCUUCGCUCCCUGGUGUCUGUGGUCUCCAGCUGGCCAGCACGAAGGUUGGAGGUGGGUAGAUCUCUGUAGCAUACUUACUGCCACCUCUCUCAGAGCCCCAGCUCCUGGAGUCAGGUGAUAGCAUCAGUCUCAGCUUUAAUUUAAAAGACAAGUUUCUAGUCUUGGAAAUUGCAGAGAAAAUACUGCAGAGGUGACCCAAGAGUGAGCCAAGGGAGGUGACCCUGGGGGAUAAGUCAGGUUGGUGGUUUUUGAGCCUUUCCUGGACUCUUCCCAGCCCUGUGGGACUGCACAGAUGUGCAAGUCUGCUUGGUCUGACACCCACAGCCUCCUGGGAUGCCCUCCCUACCCACCCCCCCUGCUGCUGACCCCCUGCGGGAAGCUGCUCCCGGAGCUUCAAGGGCUUUGGGUUUGCCCAAAUCCAGGAGGCAGCCUGUGCCCAUCCCCUGCCCAUGGGAGGGAGAUGUUGGGGGCUGGCACCCCUUGCCCCGGGCACCCGGGUGGUCCCGUGCGGUGUCCUAGCAGACAUGCUUGCUGACAAAAGCCGAGGUGACAGGAGUAGCCCUCCCUGAGUGCUGGUGGUCUGGCUGGCCCUGGGGACAUCCCCAGGUGCUGCUGGGCAGCAGGGCAGGCUGUGGCUGAGGCUCCCCUACCCUCUGCCCUUCCUUGCCUGCGGGGGCUUGGGGGCUUGUGAGUGUCUGCACCCGCCGGGUGGGAGGGAUGUGUCCCAUGGGGCCACGAAGCCCCUGUGCCCAGCAGGACCUGGCUCCCCAAAGGGACUGGCCUGGCUCUACAGUUUCCCUUUGGAGUGGUGUGGGGUGCUCCCACCCCUUCGCAUCCUGGCCGACCGGCUGGAGGCACUGGGAAUGGGGGAAAUGCCGGCUGGGGCAUUUCUGCGGGUAGAUAAAACAGACGCCUUGUUGUUGUUUGGUGUGGUGUUACUCAUUGCAUCGGGCUCUGCAUGUUUCUGUGGAAGGGAGCAGAAUUCACAGUGCUCCUGUCCCUGCCUGUUGCAGCACGCGUGGACACACACGUACACACGUGUCCCUCUGUGUUAACCUCUGUUGGUGGCAGUUGAUGUUCCUUCCUUGUCCUUUGCAGCAGAUGGCAGAUUUCAGUGUUGGCUAUUUAUAUCCGAGGCUGAUCUUUCCCAGCGUGUUUUACUUCUGUCUGUAAAUAUGUUUCAGGUACGAGAGGCAUGGUUCUGAUAGCGUGGUGUUUGCAUGUCGGGGGGAAGUGGGGUGAUCGUGGCUGUUUGUUGAGCUUGUGGCUGAAAACAAACCAUGCAGGACAUAAGGACCAGACACGUCCCUCCUUCGCAGGGGAUUUCUCACCGGAGGCUUCCCACUGCUCCCCCAGGAGCCAACGCAGGGGAUGCUCCUGGCCCCUGA